ACUACGUCACGGGGUGCAUGUCCGUGUGCCGGCCCUCGGAACGCGCGCUGCCAGGGUCGUGCCGCGGCGACGACGGCUGCUGCCAGAGUACCAUCCCGCUCGGGCUAAACUCCUACCGCCCCUACCUCGGCAGCUUUGGCCGCCGGCGGAGGCGGGACCAGGAGGCGACGUUCCUGGCCAACUCCACCGCCUGCUCCUACGCUUUCAUGGUGGACGCGUGGUGGUUCUGGUUCGCCGGAUCGCACUUCAACCGCACCGGCGACUUCGCCGUGCCCGUCGUCCUGGACUGGGCCAUCAGGGACGCCCCGAGCUGCGCCGCCGCGGAGCGGGACAGCGAGACGUACGCGUGCCGCAGCGCGCACAGCGUCUGCCUCGAGUCCAGCAACGGCCCCGGGUACGUCUGCAACUGCACCGGCGGGUACCAGGGCAACCCAUACGUGACCGACGGCUGCACGGACGUCGACGAGUGCCGGCACAGGGACGAGUUUCCGUGCUACGGCGUGUGCGUCAACACGCCGGGAAGCUUCCUCUGCACAUGUCCCAAUGGGUCCAGUGGGAACGCCACUGUACAGGAUGGCUGCCGCCGAGACGACGACAACAAAUUCGGUUUGCCACUGAAGAUCGUCACGGGCGUCAGUGCGGGCGUGUUGCUGCUGCUGCUGGCGAGCUUCUCCUCGCACCUGUGGGUUCAGAAGCGGCGGCUGCUCCAGGCGAAGCGGCGGUUCUUCGAGCAGAACGGCGGCGUCCUCCUGCAGCAGCAGCUGGGCUCGCUGGCCAGCUCCGGCGUGGCGUUCAGCAUCUUCUCAGGUGAAGAGAUCGGCAGGGCCACCGACGGCUUCGCGGAGGCGCGGGUCCUCGGCCGCGGAGGCCACGGCGUCGUGUACAAGGGCGUCCUCGCCGACGGCUCCGCCGUGGCGGUGAAGAAGUCGAGAGUGGUCGACGCGAGGCAGGUGAAGGAGUUCGCCAGGGAGAUGCUGAUCCUCUCCCAGAUCAACCACCGCAACGUGGUCAAGCUGCUUGGCUGUUGCCUCGAGGUCGAGGUGCCCAUGCUGGUCUACGAGUACGUCCCGAACGGCAGCCUCCACGCGUACAUCCACGGCGAUGGCGACGGCGGCGGCGGCGGUGGCGAGGCCAAGCUGAAUCUGCCACCCGGCGCGCGCCUCCGCAUCGCGGCCGAGUCCGCGGACGCGCUCGCGUACAUGCACUCGUCGGCGUCGCCGCCGAUCCUCCACCGCGACGUCAAGUCCGCAAACAUCCUCCUCGACGGCGACCUCGCGGCCAAGGUGUCCGACUUCGGCGCGUCGAGGCUGGCCCCGGCGGGCGAGGAGGCGGUGGCCACGCUGGUCCAGGGCACCCUCGGGUACCUGGACCCGGAGUACCUGCUGACGAGCCAGCUCACCAGCAAGAGCGACCAGGGCGACGUGUACAGCUUCGCGGUGGUCGUGCUGGAGCUCCUCACGGGGAGGAAGGCGUUCGUCCCGGUGGAGGACGAGGAAGAGGAAGAGGAGGGCGGCCUCGCGUUCUGCUUCGUCACGGCGGCGCAGGCGGGACGGCACCGGGAGAUCAUGGACCAGCGGGUCAUCGAGGAGGUCGGAGCGGAGGUGCUGGACGAGGCCUCGGAGCUGCUGAUGCGGUGCCUCAGCAUUAUCGGCGAUGAGAGGCCAACCAUGAAGGAAGUCGCCGACAAACUCCAAAAGCUCAGACGCCACGCUUGCAGCAGCAGCAGAUUGUAAUUUAACUUUUGUAUUUAAAUAUUCCACAUAUAACGACAGCUAUGCAACCAGAUUUUACUAGGUGCAAACUAGGCUGCUAGACCAUAUAUAUAAUCAUAGUUUGUCUAUGAUUUUCUUAAUAAAGCUGCACCG